AUGCUCGCCAGAAAGAAACUGCUCGGCGACUACCAUGUGGGGAAAACCAUCGGCCAGGGCGCUUUCUCAAAAGUCAAGAUCGGAUACCACCGGGAAACCGGGCAAAAGAAGGAAAAGCAGGAGGAGAAGGAAAAGCAAAAUAGUGACAAAGCCGCGGGAGAAAAGUCGUUCGUGUCGUCCCUCCAGCCGGAAGUUCAGCUGCUGAUGAGACUCGACCAUCCAAACGUCAUCACGCUCUACCAAGUCAUGGAGACCGAGGACGAGUGCUUUGUGAUCAUGGAGUAUGCCUCGGGCGGCGAGCUAAUCGACUACAUCGCUGCCCGAAGCCGGCUAACAGAGAAGGAAGCUCGCAAGUUCUUCCGCCAGAUCAUAUCCGCCAUGGAUCACUGCCACCAAGCCAACGUCGUCCAUCGCGACCUCAAGCUUGAAAAUCUACUCCUCAACUCUGACAGAAACAUCCUCAUUUCGGACUUUGGUCUCGGCCGCACCUUUACGUCGGACCAGGACGACUACAUGAAGACUUUCUGUGGCACGCCCAACUAUGCCGCCGUCGAGCUGAUCUCUGGAAUCCCAUACAUAGGCGUCAAGUCGGAUGUUUGGGCCAUGGGGGUUGUGCUCUACGUCAUGAUGACAGGCAGACCGCCUUUUGUGGGCGAAAACAUAUCGGCGCUGUAUUCCAAAAUCAAAGCCGUGGACUACAAAUGUCCGGACUACUUUUCGCCAGAGCUGCGCAAAUUGCUUUCCAGAAUUCUGGUGCGUGAUCCCAAGGCUCGCAUCGACAUGGAGGGACUGCGAAACGAUCCGUGGGUCAACUUUGAA